AUGGCUUCAAGUUCAGACUCCGCAGAUACUACCACGACAAUCCCUAUAACAAAGAAAUACAACUUCCGAAACCCAUUGCCUCUCUCCGCCUCUCAAGAGCAGGAAGUAAAGCAGUUAUACCACAAGCGUGUACGUGCUCGCUGUGCGCCAGAAAUCAAAGCCUUUGCCGAGUGUGCUGUGAAUCGAACCGUCACUGCAACAUGGGUGUGUCGACAGCAGCGACUCGCGAUGAAUGCGUGCAUGCUCACACAUGCAAAUAACCCAGAGGAAGAGGAUCGGGCGCGAGAAGAGUGGUUCGCGACCUACGAGGAACGACGCCGAGCGAAAGAGGAAGAAUUGAAACGGGUGGAGAAACGACGGGCAGAGGUAAUCACAAUGAUGCGACAGGACGAGGAGCGCAGGAGACAAGAGAAGCAGCAGCAGCAACAGGGAGGGGGAAAAUGA